AUUAUAUACAGGUUGAUGACUAGACUUAUUACAUACAGGUUGGUGAUCAAACUAAUGUUAAUUAUUUUUAUGAUUUAUAUAAAUUUUUAAUGUUUCUUGUGCAAGUUCCAUAGUUCAUAGUCCUUCACUAUUGAAGGUUAUGACCCCAAAUCAGGCUGAAAGUUUAGGUACGCUGAGCAAGCGCAUUGAGUUUAUAAUCCAAUCAUCUGAUUCCUAAUCGUCGCCGUCGGCGUCAAAUCCUCGUCGUCGAUCCCAUUAUUUUUCGAAAUCUGAAACCCUAGGUUUCAGGGUUUUGUAGACAAAUUAUCGGAUGUCGUCGUCGUCGUUGAACAGAGCGGCGUCCGUUGCUGCAGGAGACCUUCAGGUGGUUCCGGCACCGGAGAGGGCUCCGGCAGCUCUUCCACCGCGUCCACCGUCUUCUUCUUCAUCCUCGGCUCUGGUUGAGUACACGCCGCCGGCCGCCAACCCCGAGGACGAGGACCUUGAAAUUAAGCUCCGACGGAUUAUCGAGUGUGUCCCUGUUCGCGUCAGCAACACCUCUGGCAGCUCCGCCGGCUCUGGCUCCGGCGAUUUUCAUCAGUAUCGUCAAAUGAGACGAAAAGAGCAAGACCGGCUGAUGAGAAUGGAUGCUGACUUCCAGAAAAGGAAAGAAAUAGCUGAAUUCAACCAAAGAAGGGAAGAAAGACUAAAAGCAGCCGAAGAACGCACGGCGAAAAAGCGCAUAAAACGACAGAAGAAAAAGCAGAAAAAGAGAGCAAAAACAGGCAAACCGGAUGGUGCAGGGGAGCAAGACCAUCAGAAUGAACAACAAUCUUCAGAUGAGGACGGAGACAUGGAUAAUGAGUAAAACCUAGUGAUAUGAUCGAGAGUUAGUUUGCGAAAAUUCAUGUUUGCUUUGAGCGAUCGACUGAGAAAAAAUUGCCCUUGUGUUUGGAUUUGGGUUAUUAUCGGGCAUACUGAGUGGCGAAUUCCUGUUUAUUCGAACAACCUUGGUUAUAAAGCUUCUUUUAGCAUGAUAGUUUGUGAUGGCCGAGGCAAUUUUACAACUGUGACUGUCGAGCUCUCGGUUAAUUGGUUCCAAAUGUUGCUUGACCUAUGUGCUGUUUAUUGCACUGUGGUAUCAAAUCGUUGCAUCUUGAAGACGUAUGUCUACUUGUCUAUUAUAUUCUUGAGAGAAUCGAGUCACAACAUGCAUGGAAGCU